GCCGUUUGCACCCCUCACAGUAGGUACCGCAUGUAGGGUUCCUCUGGAAAUACAUGCUUAGAUAACGUUAUCAGAUCGAUACUAUUGCAUCCUGGACCCUUAGGCUUUAUUCGAACGGUGAUAUCCCGCAGCCUCGCUUUCUUGUGGACCACGCCGCGCAGUAGAGUCAAGUCCGGUGACUCACGACCAUGCCAUGGUCGUCCUCUAGCUCGAGCCAGGCGUCCGGUUCAAGCAAAGAGAAUACCUCCUCAAGACAGCCUGUCUCAUGGGCUGACAGCCUCAACAGCACAGACUGGGAGCACUAUAAGAGCCCCAGCAACUGGAUCCCAACACUACUAGUAACAACAACCGUCGUAGCGUCGCUGCAAAUCUACCGCUCCUACCUACGCCGCAUACCGGGGGCUGUCUACGUUCAGCCGAGUUUCUUUCGAAGAAGGAGCUUGUUCGGCAAGGUCACAAGCGUUGGGGAUGGUGACAACUUUCACCUCUUUCACACUCCGGGCGGCCGAUUAGCUGGCUGGGGAUGGUUACGCAAGGUUCCUACUAAGAGAUCUGCACUCAAAAGCAGGACGAUCCCUAUCCGUCUCGCUGGUAUCGACGCACCAGAAGGUAGCCAUUUCGGCAAACCUGCCCAACCUUUCUCGACAGAUGCCCUAGCAUGGCUGACCAACUACAUACUCGGAAAAAGAGUAUAUGCCAAGAUCUAUAGACGAGACCAAUACGACCGCAUCGUGGCUACUGUGUACACAAGACGAUUUUUUUUUCGUAGGGAUGUCGGUCUGGAGAUGCUUAAAAGUGGCCUUGCCACAACAUAUGAAGCAAAGACGGGGGCUGAGUUCGGCGGUCUGGAAGAGAAGUACAAAGCUGCCGAAGCUGGGGCGAAGGCAAAGAAACUCGGAAUAUGGAGCGGAAAACCGGAACGUUUCGAAAGCCCUCGUGAAUACAAGAGCAGGAUGAAUACUCCGUAAGAGUAGUUAAAUGAAUCAAAACCAUGAGUGUUUGUAUCGCAGUUAUAUCCCUAUUUUACCAGGGCGAGAUGUUGUAGGGAGUUAUUGGAACGCGGUGGGAUUCUGAAGCUUCGCCGACAAGGAACGAUAACAUAAACCAAAUAACCAUACGCAUUGUCAUGGGCUCUUGUUGCCAUAAUGAUAUGUGGCAUCGGUAAAGUAAUCACAACACGCCACAGCUACGUACCACACCUGAUUUGGAUAAUGCAUAAAAUCUAGGCAAUGUUGGGGAACAACAAGAAAAUAUAGCCAUAUCAAUGUCUAACCUGAGGUGCCUACCUACACAUGUAUGUAUUGUCAAUUGUGAUGAUACUACCACCUAUUCCAUAGAUUUCACAAAUAUCGAGCAGGCUCGGAGACU